AUGCUAGUUUUGGAUCCACAAAAACGGAUAACAAUCGAAGAAGUGAUUCAUCAUGUAUGGGAAAUGGCGUGGUUUAAGAAUAGCCAUAUUUUCAAGAUAUAG